AUGGGGAAGGAGCAUGAGCUGCUGGAGGCCGCCCGUACCGGGAACGUGGCCGUGGUGGAGAAGCUGUUGAGCGGCAAGAAGGGCUUGCUGGGCUCUGGCUCCGGCUCCAUCCCUCUGCCCAACCUGCUGAGCAUGUGGAAGGGCCUCAACGUCAACUGCACGGACAGCUCGGGAUACACGCCGCUGCAUCACGCCGCGCUCAAUGGACACAGGGCAGUGGUGGUGAAGCUGCUCCAGUUCGAGGCCUCCGCCAAUGUGGGCGACAGCAAGGGUUGCGUCCCGCUGCAUUUGGCCGCCUGGAGGGGCGACGCGGACAUCGUGCGCAUCCUCAUCCGACACGGGCCCUCACGCUGCCAAGUCAACCAGCAGAACCUGGAGCGCGAGACGGCCCUGCACUGCGCGGCACAGUACGGCCACUCCGAGGUAGUGUCGGUACUGCUCCAGGAGCUGACGGACCCCACCAUGAGGAACAGUCGGCAGGAGACGCCCCUUGACCUGGCAGCACUCUACGGACGCCUGCAGGUGGUGUGCAUGCUGGUAAGCGCGCACCCCAACCUGAUGGGGGUGCGCAACCGGCGACACACGCCGCUCCACCUGGCUGCUCGCAACGGACACCGCAGCACCGCGCAGACGCUCCUCGAGGCCGGCAUGGACGUCAACUGUGUGACAGAGAAUGGCAGCGCCCUCCACGAAGCCGCCCUCUUUGGGAAGACGGACGUAGUUCGCCUUCUACUCAACUCAGGGAUUGACACAAAUUUGCGAGAUAGCCAGGGAAGAACAGCUCUGGACAUCCUCAGAGAACAUCCUGCGGUCAAAUCCCAGCAGAUCACAGCUCUCAUCCAAGAACAUGUGACGGAGGAAAUGGAGCGGCGCAGUAUGACGGAGGAACCCGUCCGCAAGUGUCCGGUCCCUGCGCCCCGAACCUCCAUCUCUUCGCCCUCAGCCUCGCCGUCCAUAAGGCACAAAAAUGAGGCGGUGACCAACGAGCUGUCCAAGCUGCUGCACGAGAUCAAAAAGUGCCGCGAGCGCGACUACUCCUUCGAGGAACUGUGCCACACCAUCUCCUCGCACUCCAUGGACAGCUUCGGGAGCGGGCGGCUGUCGGAUGAAGAGGCGCCCAACGGCACCUUGACGCGCACCGCCAAGCGUCCGAGUCCGUCCCUCGCCGCGGCCCCCGAGGAAGAGGACGACGAUCGGGUUGAGAAAAGUUGCGGCCCCGCUGGAUUCUGGGAAGCGUUGACCCCCUGUAAUGGCUGCCACAACCUUGGCUUCUCCAACAUGUCUCAGGACUCCAAGCAAUCGCUGUCGUUGGACGUGUUCCCUCCCGAGGACGAGGACAACCCCUACGAGUCGGUGACCACCGCCGUCACGCGCAAGCCUUGCUCGCUGGACGUGGGCCAGCGGCCCGACUCCCUCCCCCCGCAAGGUCAUCCGUCCCAUGGAUCCAUCCAGGGGGGACUCGGUGACCAUGGCGACCACUCUACGGGCCCCACUCCAGACUGCUCGCCCCCCUCCCCCGACACGGCCCUGAAGAACAUUGAGAGAGUCAUCCGCCCACAGCCCAAACAGCGCACGUCUCUGUCAUCAUCUCUGGACGUCCAGCGGCCCGUCAACCACAGCGGAGAACCCAGUGAGGUCAGCUCGUCCCUGGGUUACGCGAGCUUCAGCACCAGCCCUCCGGCAAGCCCCCCGCUCAGCCCCAACCAGGACCGGGACUCGGCCGAGUCCGAAAACGACUGCCCCCUGGCAGAAGUCAGGAGUUGUUGUUUUUCCUCUCCAGACGACGAACCGUCGCAGCUGCCGCUAGAGGACCGGCGGAAGAGUCGCAUUCCCGAGGAGUUCGUGGGCCUCCUUCACGGAUCUUCUCCGGCCUGCGAGACCCCCGAAACGCCGUACCACCUUUACAGCCCCAAAUCUGGCAAAACAGACUCCACGCACACUGCCCAGAAGCCAACUAAUAAACCCCAGGCGGUCUUCAGGACAGUGUUUUACACGAAAGUCAACCAGGAUCUGACAAAACCGUCCGAGCAUCAACGAAACCUUGUUGCCGAUUGCGUGGGCGCGAGCGUGCCAAAGGGUUCUGGCUACGAGGAGAGAGCCUGCACCCUUGGCAGGAUGAGGUCCGUCCCCCGCAGCGUUCUGGACCUGCAGCUCUCCAAGUCCUUGUCUAAGUCCGACUCCAAUCUGGUUGCCGUGUCGCCAAUCCAGGAAGAGAACAUUUGGGAGUCUGGAUGUCGCGGCCAAGGGUCCGGAAGUCCUAGCACGGGUGGCGGCAGUAGCACCCCAGCGGAAAAGCUUGAACGAACACCUUCGUUUACAGCUGAGUGGGAGGAGAUCGACAAGAUUAUGAGCUCCAUCGGCGCCGGGAUAGGCAGCGGACUGGACGCCAAAGACGUUGAUUCAGGUCCCCGAUGCCCGCUGCAAUCUGUGGGCCAGUGGCUGGACUCCAUCGGGCUGGUCCAGUACGAGAACCACCUGCUGGCCAACGGUUUCGACAACGUCCAGUUCAUGGGCAGCAACGUCGUGGAGGACCAGGACCUGCUGGAAAUCGGCAUCCUCAACUCUGCCCACAGACAGCGCCUCCUGCAGGCCAUACGGCUCCUGCCUAGGGUGAGGCCGAUCGGUUACGACGGCAACAACCCGACGUCUGUGGCCGAGUGGUUGGAGUCCCUGGAGCUGGGAGACUACACCAAAUCUUUCCUGGUCAACGGCUACACGUCCAUGGAGCUGGUGAAGAAGAUCUGGGAGAUCGAGCUCAUCAAUGUUCUGAAGAUUAGUCUGAUCGGUCACAGGAAACGAAUCUUGGCCUCGUUGGGGGACCGCCUACACGAAGACACCCCCCAGAAACCCCCGCGGGCCGUCUCCCUCCGGGAGCCCGUCGGCAACCACACUCCCCCUCAGCUCAGCCCGGCGGUGGGCCCGGCGGCGUACGCGGCGGGGGUCCCGGGCGGCUCGCUGGACGUGCAGCACCUCAUCAUGCAGGCGGAUGCGCGGCGGCGGCAGCGUAGCAACGACAACUACUUUGACGACGUUCCGCGAUCCAAACUGGAGCGGCAGAUGGCGCAAGUUAGCAUGGCGGGCGAGUGGUGCGAGCCCAUCACGUUGCGUCCGCCCAACGAGGCCACCUCGUCCACGCCAGUUCAGUACUGGCAGCACCACCCCGAGAAGCUCAUCUUUCAGUCGUGCGACUACGAAGCCUAUUACCUGGGCUCGAUGCUAGUAAAGGAGCUGAGGGGAACCGAGUCCACGCAUGACGCUUGCGCCAAAAUGAGGAAGUCGACGGAGCAGAUGAAGAAAGUGCCCACCAUCAUUCUCUCCGUGUCCUACAAGGGAGUGAAGUUCAUCGACGCCACAAAUAAGAACGUCAUCGCCGAGCACGAGAUCCGCAAUAUCUCGUGCGCCGCUCAGGACCCCGAGGACCUGUCCACCUUCGCCUACAUCACCAAAGACCUCAAGUCCAGCCACCACUACUGCCACGUCUUCACCGCCUUUGACGUGAACCUUGCCUACGAGAUCAUCCUGACGCUGGGGCAGGCCUUCGAGGUGGCUUACCAGCUGGCGCUGCAGGCACGCAAGAGCGGCCACGGCUCGUCCACGCUGCCCGAAAGCUUCGACGGCAAGCCCGGCAAACCCGUGCCAAAGCCGCGCGGGGUCAACGUCCGCAAAUCCGUGAUCAUGCCCCCCUCCAGCCGCUGGUCACUGGGCCACAUUUACACCCCCCACCGGCCUCCUCUCCACCCUCCUCCUCUUCCUCCCUCCCGACUCUUCCAUCUUCCUCACCCAGCUCGCUCGCAGAUGGAGCAGGCGUCCAUGGAGCAGAAGGGUCACGCCAACGUGCCGUGGAUAGUGGAACCGGGUCAGGAGGCCAAGAGAGGAGUCAACACCAAGGCAGUGGCGGACGCUCAUGUCUUUUACUGUGGAAAUCAAAGAAUGUAG